AUGUCCGACUCCACCAACAUUUCUGCCCAGAAACCUAGUCCGGCUGUCCUGCUGGGCUCAUCCUCCUGUAACACGGGAUUCACCUCUUCACAUCCUCCGGCCACCUCGCCCGACCCAACCCUCGAAUCCAAUCAACAUCGUCACCAUGCCGAAGGAAGACAGUCCUCCGCCGCCGCCGCCGCCGCCGAACUCCCCAGUCUUAAAGUGAAGCUGCGGUCGGCGCUGCGCCAAUUCCCCGACUUCCCCUCCGAAGGCAUUCUCUUCGAAGAUAUCAUGCCGAUUUUCGCCGACCCGAUCCUCCAUGAGAUGCUGGUGACCGCUCUCGUGACCCAUUGUCAGACGGCGUUCGGCAAGGUGGACGCUGUGGUUGCGCUCGAAAGCCGGGGAUUCUUAUUCGGACCCAGCGUGGCGUUACGACUGGGCGCGGCGUUCGUGCCCGUGAGAAAGCAGGGGAAGCUACCGGGACCGGUUGAGCGAGCGGAGUACCAGAAAGAAUAUGGAGUGGAUGUGUUCGAGAUGCAGCAAGGCGCGAUUAAGGAGGGGUGGAGGUGUGUGGUCAUGGACGAUCUGAUCGCGACUGGAGGGUCCGCUGCGGCCGCAGGCACACUUAUAAGCAAGAUGGCCGGCAACCUUUUGGAAUACAUCUUCCUGAUCGAGCUCGAUUUCCUCAAAGGCCGAGAUAAGCUGGACGCUCCCAUCUACACGCUCCUCUCCACGCAGGAGAAAUGA